AUGACCUGCUGCCUUAGCCCUGGAAGUGUUGAUGUUCCUGCGGAUGGAGGAACCAGCUUGCUGGAAGCGCCCGACACCUGCGAGGGAGAUGCUGGCGCCUUGCUGUCUCCUCCAGGUGGCCUUCUGACUGCUCCCAAAAAAAGAACCAUCCCUCAGAAAAGUAAACUCGGUUCUCAUAAGCUGGUUUGUGUCUCACUGCUGAUACUUUUCCUGCUAUUGAAACUCUCAUUCUUCAUUGCUUUUAUCGCUUCCUUUGCAAAAUCUUCUCAGCUUCCUGACAAAAAAAAUACUACAAAGGAGACGAUUCAUACAACAUUGGAGUGCGUGAAAAAUAAUCUGACCAUCACAGAGAAAGUCUGGAGCUGUUGCCCAGAGAAUUGGAAAUCAUUUAGUUCCAAAUGCUACUUUAUUUCUACUGAAUCAAGAUCUUGGAGUGAAAGUCAGAAGAACUGCUCUGAAAUGGAGGCUCACUUGCUGGUGAUCAACACCAAGGAAGAGCAGGAUUUCAUCAUACAAAAUCUGAAUGAACAUUUUGCUUAUUUUGUGGGGUUGUCAGAUCCAGAGGGUCGGAGACAUUGGCAGUGGGUCGAUCAGACACCAUACAAUGAGAGUGCUGCAUUCUGGCAUCCAGGUGAGCCCAGUGAUCACAAAGAGCGUUGCGUUAUUGUAAAUUUUCGCAAGCCAUACACAGCAUGGGGCUGGAAUGAUGCUCAUUGUAGUAAUCCUCUAGGCUCUGUUUGUGAGAUGAUGAAGAUCUACUUAUGAAUCAAACAUUCUUCAUGGACAUGUGGUUGGAUUGGCAUCCAUCAUUAUAGAGAUAGACAGAUAGAGAUAAUCAGCUCUUUAUGUGUAAGAGAGGUCCAUGGAAUUUUAGGUAGCCAGUCAACUGUUUCACUUCUGACAGAAUUGCUCCAUACAGUUAUUGAUUUGUUCAUUCAUAAAAUGAGCAUUUUUGGGGCAUUUUCAUAUGCCAGAAACUGUCCUGGAGACCCUUUUUUGUGCACACGGAGGGAGCAUGAGCCUCUCUCCUUACUUCUGUCAGACUACUUAGGAAUUAUUUACUGAAACAAUAGUGCAAUGUAGUUUCUCUACCUGUCUGGAUAUCUUCUUUCCCCCCACCC